GAAGAAGCGCAGGGGGAUCCUGGGGCUACACCACACAGACAGAGGUGACCGGCCAUUCGCCCACAGUGACCGGGGGCAACAGAGAACGCGGAAAGUGAGGGUCUUGCAGAUGGGCCGCUGAUUCGUGCUAUGGAGAAGAAUGCCGGGGAGGAUGACUGCGAGGACUCGGGGGCAGAGACAGGAGGGUCAGACUACAGCCGCAUGUCCUCUACAAGCAGUGAGCUCUCCGUAGAAGAUGCCCAGGAUCCAUUCCUAGUCAGCAUUCAUAUUAUCACCGACCCUGGAGAAUCCAGAUGCCUACAAGACGCUGUUGACAAGCUGUUGGCUUGGAUACACCCAGAUCUCCAGCUGUUCCGUGUUUCAGAAAGAAGAAUUUCAAAGAAAAGGAAGCCAUGUAAAGGAUUUGCAUCACAACCUGCCCUUGCCGUCAUUCUGUUUGUACAAGAAGAAUAUGGAGAAGAACAGAUAUUACAUCUCCACGAUUGCUUUCAGAAACCACCUUGGAAGUUUCAUCACACUGAGCGUGUACAUGGCAAGUUUCUUCCUUACAUGCCAUGUAACCAAGACUUCUUUACUCUAGCUAAUGGAACGCCCUUGUGGGCCAUUAGGCAGGUGCACUAUGGGAAAGAAAUUAUCAGAUUUACCAUCUACUGUAGCUAUGAAAACUUUGCAGAUAUGAUGAAAAUGUAUGAACUUAUACUAAAAAGGUCUGUGUGGAAGAAAAAGGCUGAUUUUUGUGUUUUUCCAAUUUAUUCAAAUAUGGACAUAGACAUUGAAUUUUCUCUGAAGAGGCUCCUUAAAGGACAAAGCCCAACUCCUCUGGAGUCUUCAUUGCUAGAGUUUAGAGUAAAAGACUUCGGACAGCUUGUUCCACUGUUGCCCAACCAAUGCAGUCCCAUAAGUGAAGGAAGGUGGCAGACUGAAGAUCACGAUGGCAAUAAAAUACUUUUACAGCAGGUGCACCGUUUGACCAGAAAAACUAUUUGGAAGCAUCAGAGAAAUUUCACCGCAAUGCCGCUCAUCAGCAUCGGUUCCCAUCAGGGUCACAAGCCAAAGUCUUACAAACACAAGGCCCAUAUCGGCAACAGACAAGCUCCAUGUUUUGGCGUGUCAAUGAAUGCCUUCACAAGAAACCAAGGAAACCUUUUUCAAAGUUCAGAAGACGCUAGUAGUGCAGCACAGUUAUUUCAGCGAAGCAAGUCUUUGAUAUGUUUGCCAUCACUCCAAUCCUUCCCAUCGUGUGCAUCCUUCCCAUUCAGUGAACCAGCGCAGUCCUGUCGAGAAGAAGCGGACGUUUUUUGCACAGCCAUCUGGAAGAACAGUCCCAAGUUUAACAUUGAUGACCUUGAGGGGGCUCAGGAGACAGACGUUGACACAGGAAUGAAGCUUUCCACAUCAGAUUUGUCUGUUGUGUCAGCCUAUUCACCACUAAAUGGCUUGUCUAGAGAUUUAGAAGCUUCCCUUCCUUCUGACCAAGAAACUCCCUCCCAAGACAAUGCAGUACCUGCAAGGAAUAAUCUCCAUGAGCUUUCUUAUGAGUCAUUAUCUUCCAUUUCUGAACGGUCUUCCAGCUCCUUCAUGUCAUUAGUAUGCCCCGCUACAUGCAACUCAAACUCACAGACAGAGUCUCGGAAAGAUCAUUUCAGCCAUUAUCAAAAUACUGUGAAAAUAACCAAGCGUUUGGCAGACUCUCUGAACACAGAAGAGGAAGAAUUCUACAUCUGAUCUCUCAGUUCUUCUCACCAACACAUGGCUAUAUAUUUGAAGACACAUUCAGAACAUCAGUUAUAAAAUCAUACUUUUGCAGCAUUUUUACUGACUGCCUUGCCCUGAAAGCCACUCGUUGCUUGAGUACAUAACAUAGGAAAGUUAGCAAAUGGGGAUAUCUGUGCUUUAGUCAUAUUUCCAUCAUUAAAAAUACAUUUAAUUUCCCAGUAACAUAAAUAUGUUUAGAAUAAUUUUAAUAAUUUAAUGUACACAUUAUACGUUGCUAAUGCGUUUGAAGGAAUGCGGAUAAAGAAAAGUGUGAUAUCAAAAGCCAGUGCCUUAUUGUGUAGUCAUUGUCAUUAUGUCCCAGUUAAAGAGCAUUCAUCAUUAACGUUUCUGCUAUGAUAGACAACAGAGCAUAAAUAAUGUUUAUAUAUUAUGUUAAUAUAUUUUACGUAUGUUAGUAAACCUGGAAUACAUUAUUUUCCAUAGCUGUCACCAUACGUUCCCAAUUUUCAAUCGUUUUCAGGCAGUAGGGAUCAUGAUCUUGAUCAUUUUUAUUACUGGUAUCACAUUAAAAUCAAAUACAAAACAAAAAA